CUCAUUUCGUUAACACACUCACAGCACCUUCAAGCAAAAACCAAAUAAUAUACAGAAGAAUUUCCCCAAAGCAACAAACAGCAACAGUAGCUAAAUUAAAUACCCAAAGAUGAAACGAACAUAGAUAUAUCUAUAUACCUAUAAUAAUCAUUUCCGAAACAAAAAAACAGUUUUGAAGAGCUUGAAUAGAUCUGUGUGCUUGCUGUUCGCCGAUUAAAAUAUAUAAAUAUGUUAAAUAUAUUCAAUAAAACCACAUUUAAUUAAAUUGAAUGUCAACGUGCGUGUCUAGUGCAAAAACCUAUAUCACUCGUCUUGUUGUUGUGGCUGUCGUCGCCUGUAACUUUAAACGAAAGCAAAGUUUGCCAGCCAUGAAAACCCCUGACUUUGAUAACAAACUGCGCGUAUAAACUGCAAAGGGAAAUGAGCACACACGAGGAAAAGCCAUUGUGAAACUGUGAAAGUGUAAUCAAAUAAAUUCUCUCGCUGGAUAAUCCGAAUAGCAAAAAAGGUCAGCCGUGGAAGAUGUGCAUAAAAACCUGCGACGACAUCAAAUUCGGUGACAAUAGCGACGGAGGUCACGAAGGUGGAAAGAAUAACGUCAUCCGCACAUCCAAUUCGGGCUACGAGCACUUCCAACUUCAACUGCAGUUGCAGGCCAAGCUAAACAAACAAAAGCACAAAGGCUACAAAUUGCCCAACUUUAAGAUUCUCAUGUGUUGUUGCUACUUCAUCAUCAUAGUCCUGAUGAUAUGAAAACUGCAAGCAAAAACUAUCAUCCAG